CUCAAUACUGACAUGGACACUGUGAACAGGCCAGGUUUCAGGCAUACUGCCUCUGCCAUUGCAGCCCUUGCACAUAUUUUUGGUCUCACUGCCUGCAUUCUUACGCUCGUUUGGCUCCUGCAUUAUCGAGGCGGCCUCGCCUACGAUUCUCGGAGCGCCGACCUCGUUUUCAAUUGCCACCCGUUCUUCAUGCUCCUUGGUUUCGUGAUCGUGUCGGGGGAAGCAAUUAUGGCUUACAAGACAGUGAGGGCAGACAAAAUGACAACGAAGAUAGUUCAUAUGGCGUUGCAUUUUGUAGCCAUUUGUAUGGGAAUUGUAGGCAUAAAUGCUGCUUUCAAGUUCCAUGAUAUGAUCAAAUUGGAGCAUAUGUUUAGUUUGCAUUCAUGGAUUGGCAUUGUCACUUUCUGCCUCUAUGGCUUACAGUGGCUGUUGGGUCUGUGCACGUUCUUGUUUACAGGAGCAACCAGAGAGACCAAAGCCAGGCUGCUUCCAUGGCACAUAAGUGGGGGAAGGGCUCUGCUGCUGAUGAUUAUCUGCACAGCCUUGACUGGUUUGUCUCAGAAGGCAACUUCUUCGACACUCACUGGCAACAAUGAGUCUCGUUUGCUUAAGUUCACUGGUUUCUUCGUCCUCCUCUUCGGCAUUUCCAUCGAUAUCGCCAUCGGUUUUGAUCGGUUUCGCCACGUCGAUCCCACGACUUAACUUUGUUUUUGUGUUUUGUUGUUGUGUUCUUUUCUGGUUGUUGUUUUUGGGUGAUACUGUUGGUGGGACUAUUUCUUUGUGUUGUAUGGAGUGAUUUUUCAGGCUCAUUGUUGAGAUGAUGUAUUAAUAAUUGUUAAAGAUCAUAUUUAUCCUAACUCAAAACUUGUUCC